CUGCGCGAGCCGGACAUUCGGGAGCCGCCCGCUGCAAGGUCCCUGCGCUCGCGGAGCUCCCGCCGCCGCUGUCCUGGGGCGGCCGUACAAUCCUCGGCAGUGUCCUGAGACUGUAUGGUCAUCUCAGCCGCCGCGCCCUCCCGGACCCUGCCUCGCGCCGGCUCCGAUCCUUACAGCCACUUUUAUUUUUAAAUUUUUUUUUUUUUUGAAAAGCCAGAAAAUUGACUCCAGUUCGAGGGAAAAAGGAACUUCGGCUCCCUUCUCGCAGCUCCCUUUUCGUGUCUGACAACCUCCUCCCACUCCUUUCCCGACCCCGCCUCCAGGUGCAGGUUCCUCCCCGUCACCUUUCUCCACCCCCUUCGUCCGCACCUAGGCGGCGGGGCGCCCGCAAACUUCCACCCGAUCGUGCGGGGCGCUAGACCCGCGAACACUAAGGAGCGCUCACGCCCGCCCGAGUCUCGGGGAGCCCGCGCUGCAGCGGCUGCAGCCCCCACUGGUCGGCGAGGCCAGGUGCUCAGCGUCCCCGAGGGCCAGGGCGACAAUGACAGCUGACAAGGAGAAAAAGAGGAGCAGUUCCGAGAGGAGGAAGGAGAAGUCCCGGGAUGCAGCGAGAUGCCGGCGUAGCAAGGAGACAGAGGUCUUCUACGAGCUGGCCCAUGAGCUGCCCCUGCCGCACAGUGUGAGCUCACACCUGGACAAGGCCUCCAUCAUGCGGCUGGCUAUCAGCUUCCUGCGGACACACAAGCUCCUGUCAUCAGUUUGCUCUGAGAACGAAUCUGAAGUGGAGGCUGACCAGCAGAUGGAUAACUUGUACCUGAAAGCUUUAGAGGGUUUCAUUGCUGUGGUGACCCAAGAUGGUGACAUGAUCUUUCUGUCAGAAAACAUCAGCAAGUUCAUGGGACUCACCCAGGUGGAGCUAACGGGACAUAGUAUCUUUGACUUCACCCAUCCCUGCGACCACGAGGAGAUCCGUGAAAACCUGACUCUCAAAACUGGCUCUGGUUUUGGAAAGAAAGGCAAAGACGUGUCCACAGAACGGGAUUUCUUCAUGAGGAUGAAGUGCACGGUCACCACCAGAGGGCGGACUGUCAACCUGAAGUCCGCCACCUGGAAGGUCUUGCACUGCACCGGCCAGGUGAAAGUCUACAACAGCUGCCCUCCCCACAGCGGCCUCUGCGGCUACACGGAGCCGCUGCUGUCCUGCCUCAUCGUCAUGUGUGAGCCAAUCCAGCACCCGUCCCACAUGGACAUCCCCCUGGACAGCAAGACCUUCCUGAGCCGCCACAGCAUGGACAUGAAGUUCACCUACUGUGAUGACAGAAUCACGGAGCUGAUUGGCUACCACCCCGAGGAGCUGCUCGGCCGCUCGGCCUACGAGUUCUACCAUGCGCUGGACUCUGAGAACAUGACCAAGAGUCACCAGAACUUGUGCACCAAGGGACAGGUGGUGAGUGGCCAGUACCGAAUGCUCGCCAAGCAUGGGGGCUACGUGUGGCUGGAGACGCAGGGGACCGUCAUCUACAACCCUCGCAACCUGCAGCCCCAGUGCAUCAUGUGUGUCAACUACGUCCUGAGUGAGAUCGAGAAGAAUGACGUGGUGUUCUCCAUGGACCAGACCGAAUCCCUGUUCAAGCCUCAUGUGAUGGCCAUGAACAGCAUCUUUGACAGUAGUGACGAGAUGGCUGCAUCGGAGAAGAGCAACUUCCUGUUCACCAAGCUGAAGGAGGAACCAGAGGAGCUGGCCCAGCUGGCCCCCACGCCUGGGGACGCCAUCAUCUCGCUGGAUUUUGGGAACCAGACCUUCAAGGAGUCCUCAGCCUUUGGCAAGGCCAUCCUGCCGCCAGGCCAGCCGUGGGCUGCUGAGGUGAGGAGCCAUACUGCGCAAAGCGAGGCUGGAAGCCUGCCAGCCUUCAGUGUGCCCCAGGUGGCGGCCCCAGGGAGCAGCACCCCCAGUGCCACAAGCAGCAGUGGCUGUUCCACGCCCAGCAGCCCUGAAGACUACUACACAUCCCUGGGGGAUGACCUGAAGAUUGAAGUGAUCGAGAAGCUGUUUGCCAUGGACACAGAGGCCAAGGACCAGUGCAGCACCCAGACGGAUUUCAAUGAGCUGGACUUGGAGACGCUGGCGCCCUACAUCCCCAUGGAUGGAGAGGACUUCCAGCUGAGCCCCAUCUGCCCCGAGGAGCCACACCUGCCCGACAACCUGCAGCCCAGCCCCCAGCCCUGCUUCAGUGCCAUGUCAAGCAUCUUCCAGCCACUAGUGCCCGUGGCCUGUCCCAGCCCUUUUCUCCUGGACAAGUACCGGCAACAGCUGGAGGGCGAGAAGACAGAGCCGGAGCACCGGCCCAUGUCCUCCAUCUUCUUCGAUGCUGGGAGCAAGGGGCCCUCACCGUCGUGCUAUGGCCAAGCCAGCACCCCUCUCUCUUCCAUGGGUGGCAGAUCCAACACACAGUGGCCCCCAGACCCACCAUUACAGUUUGGGCCCACAUCAUGGCCUGUUGGGGAUCCGCACCCUGAGACCUUGGGGACAUCACCAUUGGGGCACCCUGCUGCCUCAGCCAUCUCCAUGUUCAAGAUGAGGUCUGCAAAGGGCUGCGGGCCCCGAGGCCCAGAUGUGAUGAGCCCGGCCAUGGUAGCCCUGUCCAACAAGCUGAAGCUGAAGCGGCAGCUGGAGUAUGAGGAGCGAGCCUUCCAGGACUCAAGUGGGGGGGAUCCUCCAGGCAGCAGCACUUCACACUUGCUGUGGAAACGUAUGAAGCGCCUCCAGGGGGGAACCAGCCCCCUGGUGCCUGACAAGUCCUUGAGAAGUCUCCACGUCUCCCCAGACGAAUUCAACAAAAACCCCCUGCGGGGCCUGGGCCAACCCCUACGACACCUGCCAGCCCGUCAGCCACCAUCUGCUGUAAGCCCAGGGGAGAACGCCAAGAGUGGGUUCUCCCCCCAGUGCUACGCUGCCCCCUACCAGGACUAUAGCCUGCCGCCCACUCACAAGGCGUCAGGCAUAGCAAGCCGGCUGCUCGGGCCUUCGUUUGAGCCCUACCUGCUGCCCGAAUUGACCAGAUACGACUGUGAGGUGAACGUCCCAGUGCCAGGCAGCUCCACGCUCCUGCAAGGAGGGGACCUGCUUCGGGCCCUCGAUCAGGCCACCUGAGCCUGGGCUCUGUGCCGGCCACACCCCUGCCGACACUGUCCUGCCAGCUUCUCUCUCUAUAUCUGUUUUCGCAACUAGGUAUUUCUAACACCAGCAAACUUUUUACAAGAUGACUUACCUGGCCAACAUGCCCAGGUCAUCGAGCAGUGGCCUUUUUCUGAGAUGCUCACUUAAUCGUCCUUAUUUUUAAAAUACACAGUUGUUUUACCUGCUAUGUUUUACUAUCAGUGAAAAUGUUCUUAAAUUUUAUAAGAUCCUCCCUCCCCACCUUCAAUGACUUCUAAUUUAUAUUAGCCAGAGUUUUCCGUCUCACACCCACACCAUCCGUACUAACAAGCCUGGGGUGUGUUUGCUCUCCAGUAGGAAAGCUUUGGCUUCGUUUAACUGAGAUUUUUUGUUAUUGUUGUUGCCAAAGAAAACUAAAGGAUUUUGCUUUCUAAAUGUGGUUUGUGGCUUUUCUCUUUCAAAGAUUUUCUCGUUUGCUUUUUUAAAACUUAUCACCAUAUUGUAAAUUUCACUCUUUUUGUUGUUAAAGCUGACUGCUCUAAUUUUGAUAUGACCUAUGGGGAAAAGGCAAUGUGAAAGGCGAACUCCAGCGUACACGGUUACCUGUGAAAGUUGCGCAGAGUGGCUUUCUUGCACAGUGUAGCUUUCUUGGAACUGCUUGGUGCCCCCCCAGUCGGGUGGAUUUUUUUUUUAUUAUUAUUCAGAAGCAUAACUGAGUUUUUUAAAGGAAAAUUUAUAUCUGGGUUAAGUGUUUAUCAUAUAUAUGGGUACUUUGUAAUAUCUAAAAACUUAGAAAUGGAAAUGGAAUCCUGCUCACAGAAUCACUUUCAGCCCUUUCCGAAGCUGUCCGUCUCUCUCCCGCGGGGCUGCCAGCGCUGUGGGACUGUACAGGACUCCCGCGGCCUGCGCUAACGCUGCUCGCUGCUCACACUCUGCACUUGCUGCUGGCUUUUGCUUUGGUGAUUCGCCGUAGGUGUGGCAAACAUCCUGCGUGGGAGCGUCCCCGCUGUCUUCUUCUUGUGUCCCUCCUUGUGUCCCCGCGUGUCAGGUGUGGCUGUGUGCAGGAGUGCGGCUGCCACCUGGGGUGGGGCUGGGGAGAUGGGCUGAGGGAGAGGGACUGCUUAAACUUCUCUUCAGGUUGUGUUGCUAGCCCUUCAAGUGCACUGAGCUGCCUGACCGUAUCCAGCCCUCAAGCGGCAUGUUUGGCUAUUUCCAGAACUACCAUGAAAUGGUUUGGAUGGGAAUUCGUGAAAGCCAGUAAGGCUUCGGAAAUUACCUGGUCCACAUCCUCCUAGCGCACGACCUGGGAGCGACCCAGACAGAGGGCACCCAAGGGAGGGUCACUGUCCCUCCCUCAGCCCUGCCAGGCCAUGGUGCAGCAACCCCGCCCGCAGGCAGCAGGCAGCCCUACCAGGGAGGGGCCUUACCUCAGGUUCUCUGAGAUGUCAGUCACAUGAAGUGACAUGUAUAGGUAGGAAGCACUGAAAAUAGUGUUCCUGGAGCACUUUGUAACUCACUGGGUAAGAGGGACGACACCUUUGGGUUUUUAAAUACCAAUCAACGUGGAACUUCUCUGUUGUGGGUACAAUAAGAAGUUUCUAGAUACCCACAAAGCAUAUCAAGCUGAGAAUUUAGUAAGCCAAGAGGGACUUAUUGCCAAGCCAAAAAUUAACUUCUAAAAGAAAUCUAAAUUUUAUCAGAAAAAUUAUGUAAUCACUGUGCUGCUGAAAGGCCACUUGAGCAGCACAGUGGGUCCCGCCAUGCAGGGGCAGAACUUGAAGGGUUACUGACACCUAACCGCUGGUAUUUGAUUUCCUGUGUGUGUUGCCUCAGCAUCCAGGGCAUUUGUACCCUUGCAGUUUGACUAAAACACUCUAAAAAUUAUUCCAAGCUUCAUAUUAACCUUACCUGUCAACGUAACAACUUCAUGAACAUUAUUAUAUUGUUGAAUUCCUACUGACAUUAUAACUGUAUGGGAGCUUAACUUUAUAAGGAAAUGUAUUUUGACACUGAUAUCUUAUUAAAGUAUUCUGAUCCUA